AUGAUUGUUGCCCUCGAAGCAGUAAGUGCUUGGGAGUCUCAGUGGAACUGGGUGUUUGAAGCCGCGCCGCUGGAGACGAUCGAAGAAAAGGGAGCAUAUUCAAUCAGGUCCAAGGUGCUUUAUGAGUUUGGCAUCAAAUGGAAGACGGCAUCUGCUGUCAACGUUGCCAGUGCGGGUGCUUCCUUUUCACUCAAUGCUCAAGCCAACUUGGAUAUCUCCAACGGAGUUGGACCAACCCUUCAGUCUAAGAAAGGCUGGGAGCCCCAGGUCACCUAUUCAUACCCUGUUUUUACUGCCUCUGGCGGAGUCUCGCUCAUCCCCUAUGUCCGUUGGGGUGUCGAGUUCGAUAUCGAUAUUUACAACCAAAGUAUGAUGAAGCUUCGUAAUGGCGUCUACGAUACAUUGUAUAGUGGCUCCAGUCGCGCGUUCAAUCAAUGUUUUGAGGCACCUGAUAUGAUACCCACGGCUGAGGAUAUUGCCGAGCUGUCUGAGUUUGCGGGCGAGUUCUGUACAUCUUAUUUGGAUUACAGGCCGCCUCGUACCACCUCUAUCUCGACUGCCACAUCAACAAGCGGUUCAACCACGACUACUGAAUAUGUGACCAGCUGGGUUCCACCUACUGCACAAUAUGUUGUCCUCACCAUAACUAGCUAUUUUGAUCGGACCGGUUGGCCUCAAUCAGAGGCAAGAACCGUCACCACCUUUGACAAAGCCGCCACUUUUACUCAGUCGGGAUUGAAAAGGCGCGACGCCACAGCCACACAACAGCUUGCUGCUCGUGUGGUUUUUACACCGGGGCUGGUACAGAACUGGGACAACAAGAAGAUUUCAUUUGCUUGCAAGCAGAUCGCCACUGGGACCGAGACAGUGACGCAGCCGGUGACUACAACGAUUGGAUUCCCCUACCUUAUCCACAACACGUGGUACUUGUCAGAAACGGGUCGCUUGAUCACCCAAGACCCUUACGCCCGAGGUGGCUACGUUGCUGCUGUCCGGAACUCGAACAAUAUCAUCUUUGGCACUCCUGCUAGCAACCCCAACCCAGAUGGCGCUGAAGCCCUCUACUGCCAAAAGGACCCUAAUGACGUCUGCUCUGGUGUGCUUUCCUGCAGCACGGAUACCAGAAAUGGCCUUUCAUUCACUGCGCCCAAGUAUGACUGGUACCGCCAGUACGACGACGUCCGUUUCUACAAUGACUUUAGGCCUCGCCUCGGCGAUAGUACUCCAGGCAGUGAGAUGGCGAUAUUUACUUGGGAGGCAGCUUCCUGUGCCUGUGAAUGAGACAACUAUAUAGAGGUUUGUCUCUAUG